AUGCAUGUGAGGAAGCCAACUUCAUUUACGGAUUUGAGAACUGUAAAUGGACGUGUUUGUGCUUCAUUCCAUGAAGCUGCGGAUAUAAUGGGACUAUUACAAACAGAUAAUGCAGCCGAGCUGUGUUUAUCCGAAGCAGUUGCCUACCAAAUGCCCAAUUCAUUGCGUCAAUUAUUUGCUGCUAUUUUAGUUUAUUGCAGCCCAAAGAACCAUGCUCAGCUAUGGCUACAAUUUCGGGAAUUCCUAUAUGAAGAUAUAAAACGAGAUUCUUCAAUCCCGAUUCAUCUUGUAGAAGUGAAAGUACUGCAAUGCAUUGACAACUACUUGCGAUCAAUGGGAAAGAGUUUACUUGAUUAUCAAUUGAACACAUCACUGAUCCAACAAUCCCAACAAGAGAUGGCAGCAAGAGAUAUAGAAACUGAAAGGAAUAUAGCUGUAGAUGAGAGUGACCUUCGAGCAAUUGAUCAACUGAACGAUGAUCAAAGAAAUGCCUAUGAACAGAUUUUAAAUGUUGUUACAAGUAAUAGCUCUGCAUCAUUUUUCGUGGAUGGACCGGGAGGUACAAGAAAAACAUUUCUAUAUCGAGCUCUUCUUGCAAAAAUAAGAUCGGCUGGUGGCAUAGCACUUGCAACUGUAACUUCGGGUGUUGCAGCUUCCAUCUUGCCUGGAGGCUGUACUGCACACUCGCGAUUUAAAAUACCCCUGCAUGAUGACGAUUCCAAGAGCUGCCAUGUUGGAAAACAAACUGCGAUUGCACAAUUGAUUAGAGAUGCAAAGCUUAUUAUCUGGGAAGAUGCAAAGCUUAUUAUCUGGGAUGAGGCAAGUAUGGCAAAACGAAAAUCAAUCGAACGGUUUGAUGAAAUGAUGAGAGAUAUCAAUGAUCGCAACCUGUUAUUUGGUGGUAAAACUGUGGUUUUCGGAGGAGAUUUCCGCCAAACAUUACCAGUUGUAACAAAAGGCUAUAAAGAAGAUAUUAUUAGUGCAAGCUUGGUCAUGUCACCUAUAUGGCAACAGCUAACAAAGCUAAGGCUAAAGGAAAAUAUGCGACGUUCAGAUAAAAACUUCAGCGAUUUUCUACUUCGAAUUGGUAAUGGUACGGAAAUAUCAAAUUAUAUGAAUGAAAUUAAGAUCCCAGCACCAAUUAAUCUACCUUUUGUACACGAUACUUCAUCGGUGGAAACUUUGGUAAAUAUGGUAUUUCCAGAUAUGGUGGCAUUCAGCAGUGAUCCAUCGUCAAUUGUUAAUAGAGCUAUCUUGAUGACGCGGAAUGAUUUUGUGCAUGAAAUCAAUGAUAUGCUAAUCAACAAAUUCCCAGGUCCACAAAAAACAUAUCUAAGUUUUGAUGAAGUUCUUGAUACAUCGCACUAA